AUGAAUCUGUGCUGAGGUUCCUACAGAGGCACGGUCCACCCACAGCUGUGUUGUCACUCAUUCUGCCUGAUUGGAUGUGUGUGUGCCGCCGUGGCCUCGCACGCACACACACACUUGUGUUUACCUGUGAGGUGUAAUCAUUAUUAAACAUUAAUUCCAUAUUAUUAUUAUUAUUAUUAAUAAGUUAUUAACGAACAAUCAUGGGUUUAUUUUAUGUUUCAGAGAUGCAAACUGGGGCUGUAGUGGGGGCGCUUUGGUUCGGUCAAAGUAGACAGGCAUAGGCGGUUAAGAUGUAGGUAUCCGUGGUUACGACAGGACUACUACUAAACUACAAGUGUUGAGUCGUUUGUUUAACAGACGAACUUCUCGUAUCCAACAGGGUCUUUCUAUAUUUAUGAGACAGGGUGACGAUUUUCUGCACAGCAACACAACAGGAAGUGACAUCACGAGACCUGUGCGUGAGGGGCUUCAUGACACAGGAGCUGGUCGUCAGGGGAACGUUAAAGUUACAGCGUACGAUGAUAUUUCAGUCAGCGGUGUGAGAGUGACAUGUGGCUGUUAUGUUGAAGGGUCUGUAGACUUUAGUGUUUAUUUGGAUGAAAUGUGUUUCAGUGACUGCGGUCGUAUUGUUCUUUCGGACGUGUGUGUUUUUUCUCUAAAGGCCUGAAACUUAGUAUGACGAGGAGGUGAAACUUGCAGCUGAUUGGCUCAAAUAUGAAGAACCAAGAUGGUGCAGUGGAGAAACUACAUCUGAGUAACUUUUGUCCAGAGCUUUGUGGUAUUUCAGAGUUAGUAGAGGGUGAACCGCCAUUUUCUUUUGACCCCCUUUUCUCCUGUUUUUCUUAGUCAGGGAGUUUAAUUGUUGUAAUUUGGUUAUGUUAUAUUUGGUUUGUUUAUUAUAAAGCUCUUUAGUUAACAUCCACUAGUCUCUGUGGCGACCUGGGACUCGGGGAGGAUGUAGUUGUGUCUCGGCCACAUCAGGAAGGGACGUAUCAUAAUUAUUAGUUAGAGACAACAGAAAAAGAAGAAAUGUACGUGAUUAUAAUGCAGCAGCAGCGUGGUUUGAACAUCUUUAAACAGACUUCCUGUCACACCAUCAUGGUGUGAACCGUCUAAAAUUGUCACAAUCACAAAGCAGAACUGAAGAUGCACCCAGGGCAAGAAGAAGAGCGGAUGCAUGGAUGUUUUUAAUACAGAAUAAAUGUGAAAAGUGACUGAACAUACGUCUGGAUACAAACAUUACUUUGUCAUCCUUCCUCAGAAAAGAAUAUUCAUGUUAUCACACAAUCAUCUAUUAUUGAGUUUUGAUGUAAGACCACCAUCACAACCUCAAAGCAGAAGUUCAGUUUAACAACACAUGAAUCAAACCGACUGACGCCUCCCCAACUGUCUGAGGCUCAGAAUAAAACAGCCCACAGUUCUCGUGUCACACAGAUGGUUCAAGAUGAAGAAGAAAUCCAAAGAGCUGACAGAGAAUCAUAAUCCUGCUGUUUCUGUGUCUGCAGAGGAGCUUGAGGAUGAGGAGGCUGAUUAUGUGAAUUCAGCAACGUGCACUGUGAAUGGUGUCCCAGCCCCCCCGGCGUCAGAUAAGAAGUCGCUCUCCUUCGCCAAGUCCUGGUCACCUGUGGCCGUGUGUUGGGGGAUACUGUUGGUGAUCAUGGCUCUACGGAUCCACUUUACGUCUGUCAUUUCCACCAAACUGAGCAAUGAGACGGAACAGAAGGAUCUGGAAGUCCAGAUAAACGAACUGAGACAAGCAUCCAGAGUCUUAGAGGACAACAUCACAAACCUCAUGAGUGAAAACCAGUGGCUGAGAGAGGAAAACCACCGGCUGAGAGAGGAAAACAGGAUUACUACAACACCAGUACCUCAACACUCGAUAACACCUAGAACAACAGGGUGGAACAGUCAACCCUACACUCUUUCAUCACCUUGGUGGAGAUAUGACAACAGAAAAAAGAGACAGAGCGACCCCUGUCAGACUGGAUGGAUUCACUUCCUGUCCAGCUGCUAUGCGAUCGAUCACCGGGACCCUCCUGAUCUGAAGACCUGGGAGGAGGCUCGAGACGACUGCAGAGGAAGAAACGCAGACUUGUUUGUUAUAGACUCUCCGGAGGAAAAGGAAUUCAUCUACAACAGCACUUUGGCCAGCCACGGAUCCAACGGCUUCUGGAUCGGCCUCAGAGUUGAAGACGGCAGCUGGAAGUGGAUCAACGGACAUGAAGAGACCGAAGACUCCUGGAUACUGCCCCCUGGUGGCAGCCGACACUGUGCGAUGUCCGUCACAGAGACCAAAGGAUGGAGAGCCGAGAGCUGCGAUGUCAAACAUGCGUGGAUCUGUGAGGAGAACGCUCCGCCUCUUUAAGUUGUUACUGUAGUGACGUCGACUGGUUUAAAAAUACUGUGUCAAAAUAUCAGUAAAACUUUUGGAUCUGAAGCUUUUGUUACCAAAACUAGCAUAAGAGAGAUUUAUUCAUAAGUAUUUGCUUGUAAAUAAUUUCACAAUGAAAUCAGAUUAUGAUCAUAGAAAAAGGACGGUGUGAAAACAAGGCAGCGAGGAAGAUAGACUUUACAUUUGUUGCUACAGCAUUUGUUCAGGUUUAUGCUUUUAUUGGAUUGUUAAUAUUGUGCGUCAGUGCUGUGUGUUGGUAGUUUAUUCUAUGCAAACUUCAAUAAAAUGUAUAAAUAUA